GCUCCCUGACGGUUUCCGGAUCUGGGACGUCACAUCCGGUUUGGUUUGUGUUGGUGGAGCGGUGCUUUUUCCUAUUCGAGGGCUCGUGGCCAUCCGGCAGGAUGUCUCAGCGGGAAUGGGGCGUUGUGGCGGAUGUGCAGAAACACUCUGUCCACACCCUGGUGUUUAGAUCUUUGAAGAGGACUCAUGACAUGUUUGUGGCCGACAAUGCCAAGCCAAUCCCUAUAGAUGACAAGAGCCACAAGCUGAAGAUGUGUGUGAAGUUACGCACUGAAUAUGGACCUGUGUUACACAUGCCUACUGUUAGAGAAAAUCGUGACAAGGGACCCUUGGGGGAUCCAUAUGAACUUUACCCUAGUAUUCAAGGUCUUGAAUCUGAAUACAUGGUAACCGGAACACACCCAUACCCUUCAGGACCAGGUGUAGCCUUAACAGCUGACACUCAGAUCCAGAGAAUGCCGAGUGAAUCGGCAGCACAGUCCUUGGCACUGGCGCUUCCUCCUUCACAGGCAAGACUGGAUGCCCAUCGCAUUGCUCCUGGUAUUGGAGAUAUUUACAGACAGGCUGGACAUCCCGAGCGUUCACAGCCCCCUGGUUUGGCUUCUAUGGAGUCUGGUGGAAUGAAGAACUCUGCAUUAAUGGCAAAGAAAGCACCAACUAUGCCCAAACCACAGUGGCAUCCACCUUGGAAACUGUACAGAGUCAUCAGUGGUCACCUGGGGUGGGUGCGUUGUAUCGCAGUCGAACCUGGGAACCAGUGGUUUGUCACAGGCUCAGCCGAUAGAACAAUAAAGAUCUGGGAUCUGGCAAGCGGUAAAUUAAAGCUGUCCUUAACUGGACACAUAAGCACUGUCCGGGGAGUGAUUGUAAGUACCAGGAGCCCGUAUUUGUUUUCUUGUGGCGAGGACAAGCAGGUGAAAUGCUGGGAUCUGGAAUAUAAUAAGGUCAUAAGGCAUUACCACGGUCAUUUAAGUGCAGUCUACGGAUUAGACUUGCAUCCCACCAUUGAUGUGCUUGUGACUUGCAGCAGAGAUUCCACAGCACGGAUCUGGGAUAUAAGAACGAAAGCCGGUGUGCAUACACUUGUCGGACAUACCAAUGCUGUGGCAACAGUACGAUGCCAGGCUGCCGAGCCUCAGAUCAUAACAGGAAGCCACGAUACCACAAUUAGGCUGUGGGACAUGGUGGGUGGAAAGACUCGCGUCACGCUGACAAAUCACAAGAAGUCUGUCAGAUCCGUUGUAUUACAUCCACGACAGUACACAUUUGCAUCUGGGUCACCAGAUAAUAUUAAGCAGUGGAAAUUCCCUGAUGGAAACUUCAUCCAGAACCUCUCCGGUCACAAUGCCAUAAUCAACACGUUGGCGGUCAACUCUGAUGGAGUGCUGGUGUCAGGAGCUGACAAUGGAACAAUGCACCUAUGGGACUGGCGGACAGGUUAUAAUUUCCAGAGAAUUCACGCUGCUGUCCAGCCGGGCUCUCUAGACAGCGAAUCUGGUAUAUUUGCAUGCACCUUCGACCAGUCAGAGAGCCGAUUAAUCACUGCCGAAGCCGAUAAAACUGUCAAAGUCUACAGAGAGGAUGAUACUGCGACUGAAGAAACCCAUCCAAUCAACUGGAAACCUGAAAUUCUCAAAAGGAAAAGAUUUUAACAAGCUGCGUCUGUAAUUUUUUUUGUUCCAGAUUGUUUAUCAUAGCUUGACAUAGCAUGGAUUCCGUUUCAAACAUCAAACCUAAAAAUGGCUGCGGCCUUUAUCUUUCAUCACUGUAUCCAAGUACAUCCUGUUAUGGCUAUUUCUUCCAAGAUCCCUGGAAGCUGUCACACUUUAGAAAAAGUAGAAACCUUUGGCUUCCCGACGUAGGAAACAAAACCCAUUGUGUGUUUUAAAGACUAGAGCACGUUGUGAGCGGACAUACAUACGUAUUGUAAUUUUUCAGUACAGUCAUUUUCGAUAUUGUCAUCCUCCAAUACAUAAUUUUUAUUUGCAUAUUUAAGGCUCUGUUCAUGCCAUGUUUUUGCAUCCUAUUGAAAGACAACUU